GCGGGGAGUCACGUGCCCCGCCCCUUGGGGGCGUCGAAAACUCAAAACAAAAAUCAGGGGUUUGCAGGGGCCUCCGCAGAGGUGGAGUUGCCGGUCUGGACGGCCGGCGCGGCGCCCCUGCACACCGCGGGCGCAGGAGCGGGAUGGAGCCGGGGCUGUGAGGCCGAGGCGGCCGCGGCAGGGAGGAAGGGUCGGAUGCAGGUGCAGGGGCCCAGCUGAAGCGGUCGGUCCCCGACCUCGGAGACCAGCUCGGACGCCCCGCCGCGCCCAGACCCUCCAGACCGCGACGCCGCGGGCCGGCGGAGGCGCAACUCCGGCGCGAUGAAGGAUUUGGGGGCAGAGCAUUUGGCAGGUCGUGAAGGGGUCCAGCUCCUUGGAUUGUUGAACCUCUACCUGGAGCAAGAGCAGAGAUUCCAACCUCGAGAAAAAGGGCUGAGCUUGAUGGAGGCUACCCCGGAGAAUGAUAACACUUUGUGUCCAAGAUUGAGAAAUGCCAAAGUAGAAGAUUUAAGGAGUUUAACUAACUUUUUUGGAUCUUGCACUGAAACUUUUGUCUUGGCUGUUAAUAUUUUGGACAGGUUCUUGGCUCUUAUGAAGGUGAAACCUAAACAUUUAUCUUGUAUUGGAGUCUGUUGUUUUUUGCUGGCUGCUAGAAUAGUUGAAGAAGAAUGCAAUGUUCCAUCCACUCAUGAUGUGAUCCGGAUCAGUCAAUGUAAAUGUACUGCUUCUGACAUAAAACGGAUGGAAAAAAUAAUUUCAGAAAAAUUGCACUAUGAAUUGGAAGCUACUACUGCCUUAAACUUUUUGCACUUAUACCAUGCUAUUAUACUAUAUCAUACUUCAGAAAGGAAAGAAAUACUGAACCUUGAUAAACUAGAAGCUCAGCUGAAAGCUUGCAACUGCCGACUCGUCUUUUCAAAAGCAAAACCAUCUGUAUUAGCUUUGUGCCUUCUGAAUUUGGAAGCAGAAACUUUGAAAUCCGUUGAAUUACUGGAAAUUCUCUUGCUAGUUAAAAAACAUUCCAAGAUUAAUGACACUGAGUUCUUUUACUGGAAAGAGUUAGUUUCUAAAUGUCUAGCGGAAUAUUCUUCUCCUGAAUGUUGCAAACCAGAUCUUAAGAAGUUGGUUUGGAUUGUUUCAAGGCGCACAGCCCAGAACCUCCAUAACAGCUACUAUAGCGUUCCUGAGCUGCCAACAAUACCUGAGGGGGGUUGUUUUGAUGAAAGUGAAAGUGAAGACUCUUGUGAAGAUAUGAGUUGUGGAGAGGAGAGUCUCAGCAGCUCCCCUCCCAGUGAUCAAGAGUGUACCUUCUUUUUCAACUUCAAAGUGGCACAGACACUAUGCUUUCCAUCUUAGGAAUCUGGUUGUUUUGUGUCAGGAUUUAUACCUACAGGUUUCAAAGCAAUAAGUGGGGGAGUAGGUAGUUUUCUGGUUCAGACCGUAUCUAGACAGGAAUUACACAGACUGGAAUACCUACCUUCUAUUUAUUAUUCAGAUCAGAUCUGGCCUAUUUUCAUAUUUAUCCUAAGCCAUCAAAUGGGUUAGUGCCUCUUAAAUAAGUAGACCUUGGCACUUUAUUUUUCUUGUUGAUCUUUAGCUACUUGGGGGAGGAGGGUAGGUGCUUAUACCUUCAAUUUAUUACUUUUCAAAAGGAUUUUUAAAGCUAAAUAAUGUAACUUAUCUUGAACAUUUUAUAACGUCUUCAGGUGUCUUUUCUGUACGCAGACUGGAAGUGUGCAAGAGCUUCCUUAGCAGGGACAAUGGGUAAAUCCUUAAGUGAUUUAUCUUAAAUUUCCCCCUCCCUCCUUUCUCAGACCAGAACAUACUCUUAAAUGUCAAAUACCAUUUCCGUUUUGUUUUUUAAAUGAUCAGUGUCUAUCCGAUGCAGAUCUUAUAAAUUUAGGAAUUAUAAUAUUGCCAUUUCUGUGAAUUUUAGUAUGUAAUGUCUUUAUUGAGGUUUCUGCUAAAGCAGAUAUAAUUGACAGGCUAAGGCUGUUAGUUGCAUUUCUAAUGCCUAAGUAUUGUCAGACUAUAGUAUUAUUUCAAUACGUUAUUUAAAAAAAUCCAUAAUCUGCUAGUUUUUUUUUUUUUU